AUGGGAUUUCUGAGGUGGUCACUACGCUGUAUUCCUGGCUUGUCGACGUUCUGCCUUCUUAUCUUACUUGAGUGUGCACUCAAAAUUGUGCAAACUGAAUGGCUCGCUUUCUACUAUCCUCCCUUUCUCAAACGCGGGCCGGCACCUGUUUUCGCACAAGCACUUUUCAUCUUCUACACCAUCUUCCUUCAUGUCCUGGCCCUCAUCUUUCCCCUUCGACUUAUUGCCUCAGCAUGGACAGCCACGAAACAGAUUCGAAUCACCCACAACCGACCGACAACCUUUUCCCGCGAAGCAUUAAACGUGGCUGAAAAUAUUCCGUCUCAACCGGGACAAGAUGAUUCGAAACAAUCUAGCUGCGUGAUCAUGGCCAUAGUGGUCCCAAGCUACAAGGAGGACAUUGAGAUACUCGAGACGUCUUUGAGAGUCCUCGCAAGUCAUCUGUUGGCAAAAACGUCAUAUGAUAUAUUUUUGGCCAUGGAAGAACGAGAUCCGAACGGAGUCAAUGUUGCUCAGAAUUUGAUUCAAUUGUUCUCUGGCAGCUUCCGAGAGAUCCAAUUCACCGUGCAUCCGGCGCACCUUCCCGGUGAAGUACCCGGCAAAAGCAGCAAUGUCAGUUGGGCGGCUAAAGCCAUUGAACAGAAAUACGUGAACAAUCCUGAUUGGCCAGGUGUGCUCAUUACGGUCAUGGACAGUGAUACUCAUUUGCUCAGCCAAUACUUCGAAACCAUCCUUACGCAUCACCUUCGCAAUCGACGAGAAAGAGGGUUGAUCGAUAUGACACUCUACAUACCACCCAUCAUUUUCGAUCGCAACGCACAUCUUGUUCCUCAACUGGUACGAAUCGCGGAUUUGAUGUGGUGCGGUGCCGGAUUGUCAUGUUAUAACAAAAGUUCGAGCCCAACCACGGUGGCCAUUCCCACUGCCGUUUACACCGUGCCACUUCCUUUGGUAUGUCUUGCAGAUGGAUGGGAUACUGGUUCCGAAGCGAUUGGCGAAGAUAUGCACAUGAUGCUGAAAUGUUACUUCGCCACCAAUGGACGUCUCAAGAUCGUGUCCAUUCCCAGCCCGGCAAGCCAAUGCAACAUCACCACGGCCACAGCGGGUAUUCGUGGCUGGAUCGCAAAUCAUUGUGCAAGAUACAGUCAAGCUCUUCGACAUAUGUGGGGCUGCCUGGACACCGGAUAUGCUGUUCGACAAUGGUGCAAGAUUCGAACGGCGGCGGCCAGAUCCGAGGAUCAAUCCAUUGAAAGCGAAAUGAGCUCAUCUGGAAAUCAACGUCGGCCUCGACAUGUCGAAUUGCGCUUGAAACUCAGCCAGUACGCACUGCACGGACCGAAUUUGCAACGAUUCACUUACAGAAACCUGGUUCUCUUCAGUCGACUAUUCGAAGCACAUUUCUUACCUCUGCAUCUUUUCUUUGUUCUGCUCGCAUCAGCAAUGUAUACGGCAUUACCAUAUCCCAUUACCUCGUGCCGAAUCCUGACUGCGGUCAUGGAUCUUACUGGAUAUCUUCGCGGGGUCAGCUUUGCUUUCAUGACAAUUUACUUUGUGAUUUUCUACGAGCGAUACCAUCAGGCCUGCAUCCAAGCUCGUGAAAAGGAGAUGAAAAGGGCUGGGCUGUACGAGGAAAUGGCUCAUGAAUUCUCUUAUCGUGGUCGGUUCUCCUUGACAACUCUUCUGGAUUAUGCGAUGUUUCCGAUUGCCGGAACUAUCUACGGAAGCGCUCCACUUCUUCAAGCCAUCGUCUCGCACUUCUGGACUGAAAAGCUGGUUUACCUUGUGAGCGCGAAGCCGGUGAAAGUACUUGCGACGAAUCUUGUUGUGCAACCUGGGUCGGAUCGCGUUGAGCUACGGGCAGACGUAUAA